AUGGAGAUUCUGAGACUUACAGUUGCCUGGAGUUUGUUGGUUUGCUUGGUUUUGAGGAUGGGAAUCAAGGAAGUGAUGGCUGUAGAGGCUGAUGAUAUUCCGGCAAUAUACAACUUUGGCGACUCCAACUCGGACACAGGCGGCAUAGCAGCAGCAUUUUUUCCUAUGGCAGCUCCAUGUGGCGAGACUUUCUUCCACAGGCCAGCUGGCCGGGGUAGCGAUGGCCGCCUCAUCAUCGAUUUCAUUGCUGAGCGCUUGAAAUUACCAUACUUGAGUCCAUACCUGGAUUCAAUUGGAACCAAUUUCAGCCACGGUGCAAACUUUGCAACCGGAGGGGCAACUAUUAGGCGGCAGAAUGAGUCAUGGUUUGAGAAUGGUGUGAGUCCGUUCCCGCUUGAUAUUCAGGUCGAGCAUUUCAUUCAGUUCAAAGCCCGAGGCACAUAUUUCUACAACCAAGCCAAUGAAACAUCCCAGAGAAGCAGACUCCCAAGACCUGAGGAUUUCUCCAGGGCUCUUUACACGUUUGACAUCGGUCAGAAUGAUCUUGCUGACGGCUUUAGAAAGCUGACAGCCGAACAACUUCGAGCUGCAAUUCCAGACAUAGUUAACCAGCUUGCUGCAGCAGUCCAACAAUUAUACAAAGAGGGGGGAAGAGCAUUCUGGAUACACAAUACAGGCCCAAUUGGUUGCUUGCCAGUAGCCGUUGUGGACAUCCAUAAUGCGACGCCGGGCUAUCUUGACGAGCAGGGAUGUAUCAAGAGUCAGAAUGACAUGGCCAUGGAGUUCAAUAAACAGCUCAAGGAUAGAGUGAUCCGACUGAGGGAAGAGCUUCCCCAGGCAGCACUUAUAUAUGUGGAUCUAUACGCUGCCAAAUAUGGAUUGAUCAGCACUGCGAAGAGACUAGGAUUUGAGGAUCCUUUCAAGAUCUGCUGUGGGCAGCACGAGAAUGGCAUACACGUGUGGUGCGGUAAUAAGGCAAACAUAAAAGGUACUGAAGUGUAUGGUGGUUCUUGUGCAAAUCCUUCAACAGUCAUCAGCUGGGAUGGGGUACACUAUUCUGAGUCUGCAAACUUUUGGGUUGCCAGUCAAAUAAUGAAUGGUUCGAUGUCAGACCCACCAGUCCCAAUUACUCAGGCAUACUAUAAGCAUAUCUAGGAGAUGAGCAUCAGCAGACAGGUAUAAGUUUGCAGUAUCAAGAUAUAAGAAUAAGAUAAAGGGUACAACCAAAAGGAGCCAGAAUUAAGAUUGAAUAACUGAAGUACCAUUUCAGAAAUGUUGGAAGCAUGCAUUGAUCAUACACUAAGCUUACAUGAAGUUUGAUUAUCGGAUAUCGUUUGUGUGUUCCCCUCCAAACGAAUUAAACUUGACAAUGAACAAGGAAUUUUUUAUGCUAGUAAAGGUCU